AUGGAAAAUAAAGAAAGUAAAUUAGGUUAUUUAGGUUUUGACUAUGUAAAUUUAUAUGUAGGUAAUGCUCUUCAAGCAGCAUCAUACUAUAUUACAAAAUUUGGUUUCCAAAAUUUGGCUUAUAAAGGUUUAAAACAUGGAGAUCGUAGAUUAUCAACACACGUCGUCAAACAAAACAAUAUUGUAAUUGCAUUUACAACUUCCACAGAUAAAGAAGACAGUGAAUUUUCAUCACUUUUACAAAAGCAUGGUGAUUCCAUUAAAGAAAUAGCAUUUACUGUUGAAGAUUGCAAAUUUGUUUAUGACCACGCAAUUUCAAAAGGUGCAGUUUCAAUUAAAGCCCCACACGAAAUCUCUGAUGAAAGAGGUACUGUCGUAAUGGCCACAAUUGCUACUCCAGUUGAUGACGUUGUCCAUGUUUUCGUGGAAAGAAAGAAUUUUAAAGGUGCCUUUUUACCAGGUUUCACUGAUGAAGUUUUCCAAGAUCCAAUGUCAAAUAUUACCGGACCUGUUAAUCUCCAAUUAAAUGACCACAUCGUUUAUUGUUUAGAGAGUAAUGAAAUGGAUAAAUUUGCCCAAUGGUAUUAUGACGUAUUAGGUUUCCAUAGAUAUUGGUCCGCAGAUGAAUCUAUUGUGCAUACAAAAUACUCUUCUUUAAAUUCUACAGUUGUUGCUGAUUUCAAUACAUCUGUUAAAUUGGUAAUCAAUGAAGGUGUCAAUACAAUUAAAAAGAGCCAAGUCCAAGAAUUUGUAGAUUUUGCAGGUCGUGGUUGUCAACAUUUUGCUUUAGUUUCAACUGAUAUCAUCGAUUCAAUUGAAAAAUUAGUCAAACGUGGUGUUCAGUUUAUGCCAGUUCCAAAAACUUACUACAGUCAAUUAAAGAGUAGAUUAUCACAAUGUUCAAUUGAAGUUAAAGAAGAUAUCAACAAAUUGCAAGAGUUAAAUAUCUUUUUAGAUUUUGAUGAGGAUGGUUACCUUCUUCAAAUUUUCACCAAAACUGUAGAAGAUAGACCAACAAUGAUCAUUGAAGUUAUUCAAAGAGUUGGUCAUAACUUUGGUUUUGGUGCCGGUAACUUUAAAGCAAUUUUCAAAGCCAUUGAAACAGAACAAAAACAACGUGGAAAUUUAUAAAACCGAAAAAGAAAAAAACAAAGUAUUAUAAAAAAAAAGAAUUAAUUUAAAAAAUAAAUACAUUGUUUUGAUUC